AUGCCUGAAUCAUCCUCCACCAACCAUCCAACUACUUCAGUCUCCGGCGGUGCCAGUGCACAGCCUACGCCAGCGAACAACGUCGGUGGCGGGAGCGGCUGGGGUGACCAGAGUUUCCGCAAGGGAGGAUCUGUUGACAUGCAAAAUGAGGGACUAGGGCAUGUUGCCGCUCAUAACCCGCGGUCGACCAUCGGCGAAUUCCUCGGUCUCCAAGAUCAGAAGACGCGCGCAGAGAACAAGUUUCUGGCCCGUGCAGAUAUGGCGGCGGGAGAUACCAAGCCUACAACUGAAACCGGUGAACCAACCUGUGCGACCGAGGACCACAGCUUCAUGGGCCAGAAGCCCGGUGGCGGAGACACUCUGCCGGGGUGGGAAACUGUGAAAAAUGUAUUUGGAAGGUAG